GAAGGCUGAGAAUUGCAGAUUCUCACCGAUAUGUGGGUAGUGCGAGCGAAACUGACAACGGGGGAGCUGGUCCGUCUGGCAGUGGCAGAGUCCACGCAUGCAUUGGCCCGUAGAAUCUCGGCCGUCCACUCCACACCUACCCGAUUCUCCAGUAUCCCCCGUCCUUGCAGCAAGCCUCCGCACAAAACGGCCCGGACCUAUGGCCGCCGCCACCCGCUGACUGGUCUCGCCCCCGAAACCACCGCCGCCUCGCCUUCAACCUCCUCCUGCCGCCGAGCCCACGGACGCCUCCCCGCACCGGAAGGCGCCCCCGAGCCCCGGACCAACGGCAAGCCUUGGCGGUGACAGAGGUGUCGCCGCAGCCGCUGUCCAGUACGGCAUUAUAUAUCUUGCGGCUCACGAACCUCAAAGGAAACCGCGGGGGGCAUGGCCAUGGCCGUGGCGGAGGCGCGUCUCCGGCAGGACAAGGUGAAGAAGUUCGAAGAUUUCGUUGACCGGCGGCUCAAGCCUGACCUUGUGAACGCCAUAGCCCAGCGUGAUAACUUGUUCCAGCAGCAGAAGACUUUCUUGGAUUUGAAGAAGAACAUCGAAAACUUGGAAAAGAAUGGUGUAACGAGCAUGCGAUCCAUGGUCAAUCUUGGCUCAGAGGUGUACAUGCAGGCAGAAGUGCCGGACACGAGGCACAUUUUUGUGGAUAUCGGUCUAGGUUUUCAUGUGGAAUUUACUUGGCAAGAGGCUCUGCAGUUUAUAUCUGUACGAGAAGCAAGGUUGGCCAGACAGAUAGAUGAGUACACACACCUCAUUGCGAGCAUAAAAGCACAGAUCAAGAUGGUGUGUGAAGGUAUCCGUGAACUCCUGCAGUUAGCAGCGGAGUGAGCAUUAGGGUCCCAAUGCCAAGAAUGUAUGCCAAGAACGCAGCUCUCCCAAAUCCCAAUGUUUUUGUUUUAGGGUCCCAAAUCCCAAUGUUGAUCAGGAGGCAUUGUGUAAGUAUAGGUGAAAGAAGUGGCAAAAGAGAAUACUUUGCUUGAUCUA